AUGCCUGCAGAAAGAGAGGAUGAGAUUUGUCGAAAGGCGCUGGAACUGCUCUCGGACCUGUGCUCCAAGGGAGAAGUGCAGGACGACCACUGCCUGGAUUUCAUUUACUACUUCAGGGACCUGGCCAGACCGCGUUAUACAGACUCAGAUGUAUCGGUGAGCCUGUUGUCCCUGCUGGUGACCACCUGUGGUUUGGCCCUCUUCAGUGUCUCCCUCUUUGUCUCAUGGAAGUUAUGCUGGGUACCACUGAGUGGCCGUUUCCUCCCAGAUGUGCUCAAGGGAGCGCACUUUUUGGGAGGAGACCAACAGCCCGUCCUUACAGAGGUGGACGGGGAGGACAGGGAGUACAGCGAGGAUGGCUGUGUGAAGGAGCCCUCAGGACCCCCCUCGGCUGUGGCUGUCCCAGAGUCAGGCCUAAAAAUAAGCCACACGUCGCCUGACAUCCCGCUGGAGACCCAGGCCAAGGUGGAGAAAUACCAGGUCCACACUCUGGCCAGAGACAGGGUCCAAAGACAGAUCACUGAGCCUACCUCAUCUGUACGGCACAACUCCAUCCGUCGUCAGAUGAACUUGUCCAAUCCGGACUUCAACCCGGCUCAGUUCCAGCGCCAAGAUUCUCUGUCUGGUUUGGGCCGAAUCAAACCAGAACUCUACAAGCAGCGCUCGGUGGACGCAGAGGACGGCCGUCGCACCGACAGCUGCGGGCGUCUUCUCUUCAUCCUGAAGUUUGACUUUGACCUGGAGCAGCUGAUCGUGAAGAUCCACAAGGCCCAGGACCUUCCUGCCAAGGACUUCUCAGGGACCUCAGAUCCUUACGUCAAGAUCUACCUGCUGCCUGACCGCAAAACCAAGCACCAGACCAAGGUGCACCGCAAGACACUCAACCCUGUGUUCGAUGAGGUGUUUCUCUUUCCUGUGGCGUACUCUGAGCUGUCGAACCGUAAGCUGCACUUCAGUGUCUACGACUUUGACAGGUUCUCUCGCCAUGACUUGAUCGGCCAAGUGGUAGUGGACAACUUCCUGGAUCUUGCCGACUUCCCCCGGGAGACAAAACUGUGCCGGGACAUACAGUAUGUAACCUCGGACAAUGUGGACCUAGGAGAGCUGAUGUUCUCAUUGUGCUAUCUCCCCACGGCCGGCAGGCUCACCAUCACCAUGAUCAAAGCCAGAAAUCUCAAAGCCAUGGACAUCACUGGAGCAUCAGAUCCGUACGUGAAAGUGUCCCUGAUGUGUGAAGGACGCAGGCUGAAGAAGAGAAAGACAUCAACCAAGCGUAACACUUUGAACCCAGUGUACAAUGAAGCCAUUGUGUUUGAUGUUCCUCCUGAGAACAUCGACCAGAUCAGCCUGCUCAUAGCUGUCAUGGACUAUGAUCGGGUCGGGCAUAAUGAAGUGAUUGGGGUAUGCAGAGUAGGCAACGAGGCAGAGAGCCUGGGGCGAGACCACUGGAAUGAGAUGUUGUCAUAUCCACGGAAACCCAUUGCACACUGGCAUCCACUCAUAGAGUGGGUCGGACAGGGAGCGACGGGGAGUGGAAGCCAAGGAGGAUCCACCAAUUCCCUGAAGACACCACCAUCGCCAUGACCACUCACAGACCCUUAUACUCACACACACACACACACACACACACACACACACACACAGAGAGAGAGCCUCAGGGUGGUAGAACGACUCAUGAUCGAUAUACAGGUAGUCCUACUAAAAUGUUAAAACAUGCAGUGUAAGGUGUGACUAACAAGUGACUACAGUAGUAACAUAAGCUAAAAGCCAAACUGGUGUGUGUCUUUAGAUUGAACCAGGCUUUAGUGUGUUAAGACUACUGCAAAAGCUAAUCCCCACUUCUUACUUCCUCGUGU